AUGAGCGGCAGCGAGAUUAUAUUUGGCCCACCUGUGGUCUCUUACCGUGAGACUGUCAUUGACAGGUCGCGUCGCACCAUGAUGAGCAAGUCACCGAAUAAGCACAACCAGUUGUGCAUAGAGGCCCAGCCAUUGGAGAAGGACCUCACCAAGGCGAUUGACGACGAGCUUAUCGGACGAGGUGACUGUCCACAACAUGUUCGUGGGCAUGUGCAGGGGUUCCAGUAUGUGGGUGAGAUCAGGGACUCGGUGGUUGUCGGCUUCUAG